CGCCGGAAGGGUGGAGGUUAAUGGCUCUUAUCAUCAUCGAUUAUGCGCCCUAGAUCCAACCAAGCCCCUGCCUCACCCACUGCGACGGCGCAUGCGCAGGUUGGGGGAAGGCGGGCGGAAGAAGGUGGGCCCGGUCACCCGAGCUGGUGACGUUUGUUUGUUGUUAGUGGCUCCGCGGGUGCGGAACUGUCCCCUUCCUCACGCGCAGGCGCAGUGUUCUCCCGUUCCUCACUGGCCCGAGCGGAGGCGGCGUCGGUUCGCGAGCGGAGCGCUGGCUGCUCCCCCUGCUCGGCGGCCCCAUGGCGGUGAACUACAGCGCGAAGGAGGAGGCGGACGGGCAUACAUCUGGAGUGGGGGCCGCGGGCGGCGGGGCCGCCGGCGGGGCGGGGAAGAGCCGCAAGCCGGAUAACACGGCAUUCAAGCAGCAGCGCCUGCCGGCCUGGCAGCCCAUCCUGACCGCGGGCACCGUGCUGCCCGCCUUCUUCAUCAUCGGCCUCAUCUUCAUCCCCAUCGGCAUCGGCAUCUUCGUCACCUCCAACAACAUCCGCGAGUACGAGAUUGAUUACACAGGAACUGACUCUUCUAGUCCCUGCAAUAAAUGUUUGAAUGUGUCCUGGAAUAGCACACCACCUUGUACUUGCACCAUUGACUUUAUACUGGAUCAUCCCUUUGAGACCAAUGUGUUUAUGUAUUAUGGACUGUCCAACUUCUAUCAAAACCAUCGUCGUUAUGUGAAGUCUCGGGAUGACAGCCAACUAAAUGGCGAUAAUAGUUCUUUAUUUAAUCCCAGUAAGGAGUGUGAGCCUUACCGCACGAGUGAGGGUAAACCCAUUGCUCCUUGUGGAGCUAUUGCCAACAGUAUGUUUAAUGAUACGUUGGAAUUGUUUCAUGUUAUUAAUGAAACAAGGAUCCCUAUUACUUUGAAUAAAAAAGGUAUUGCUUGGUGGACAGAUAAAAACGUUAAAUUCAGGAAUCCUUCUGGAAAUGCAAAUAAUUUGACAGCACUUUUCCAAGGCACAACAAAGCCUGUGAACUGGCCCAAACCAGUGUAUAUGCUGGAUUCAGAAUCAGACAACAAUGGGUUCAUUAAUGAAGACUUUAUUGUGUGGAUGCGUACUGCAGCAUUGCCUACAUUUCGUAAACUAUAUCGCUUGAUUGAGAGAAAGAAUAACUUGCAGCCUACCUUACAAGCUGGAAAGUACUCUUUGGAGAUCACAUACAAUUACCCUGUGUACAGUUUCGAUGGACGGAAACGGAUGAUCCUGAGCACCAUAUCAUGGAUGGGAGGCAAAAAUCCAUUUCUGGGAAUUGCUUACAUCACUGUGGGGUCCAUAUGCUUCUUUCUAGGAGUUGUGCUGCUAGUCAUUCAUCACAAAUAUGGAAAUCGAAACAAUAGUGCGGACAUUCCCAAUUAAUUUUGCAUUCUGAAAACAAAUGUACUGCAUGUGCAUCAAGGCCAGUCCAGAGUGGACCCAGUUUUUGAUAGCUUAAUCUGCUCAUAUUGCUUCUGAAGCUGGGUGCAAAACUAUCUCUAAAGCCUUUAUUCCCCUUGCUGUGGAUUGACUUUUGAAAAUGACGGGUAUUUAAUUAACUCUACUAAUUUUAUCUAUGCUAAUUGCAUAAAUGGUUUUCUGACGUUUGCCUCUUCCUAGGCAGGCUAUAUGAUGCAUAUAGCCCCUAUUCCCUUAAUGCAUCUGCUGCUUGUUUCUGUGCUAUGUAAUAUAUCCAUAUGAUACUGUAUGUAUAGGUUGUGUGGAGAAAGGAGACUGUUUUAGGAUAUAGUAUAAGUUGUUAACCAUUCACAAUGUCAGUGCUAUUGAAAGGAAAAAUAAGUCUUUAGUGUUUGUUCAUGUCACUGUAUUGUGUGCAUAGGCUUUAUGUUCCUUGCUGAGAUGUUUAAUAUAUUAAAGUUAUAAAAUAUUUCCUGUGUCAAGUGUAAGUGUGUUACACAUUAAAUCUUCAUAAAGUGCUGUUAUAAAUUCACAUAACUCUGUAUUUUAGAUAUCAGAUAUGCCUGGCAUGGGAACUAACAUCCACUGAAAAUGUCAGGAGAUCUGUCAACUGACUGUAUGGGUGAAUUUCCAAGUCUAGUUUCAACUUGAAAACAGUUGUUGAGAUAAAAAAGCAACUUCGUUCUGAAUAUUUCUUUUGCUUGAAGUCCUAUUUAGAACAGUUUUACCCAUUGUACUUGUGAUCUUGCUCUUCAUGAGCAGCUUGAAGGUAUUAAUCAAGAAAAAAUGAAGGAGUUCUUUCCAAUCAUAAAUCUGGGUGGAAUAACUAUCUUGCUGGUGGAGGAACUUCCUUGUUCUGCUCUCGUUAGAAACGGGGUUUAGAUGUUCAGAGCAGGCUUUGUUAUAGUAAAUCUAAUGUAAUAUUUGGUUCCCUCAUUAUUUGGAAAAAAUAAAACUGAAAUUUAAUUUUGAAGGUAAGUGUUCAAAUCCUAAACUGAAAGAAUUCAUAGUUCUUGAAAUGACUCCCUUUUCUUUUUACAUAGAUUGAGCUUGCCAUGAAAGUCAUUUAAAUAUCUGUUACAGGUAGUGUACGCUAUUCCCUCGAAUCUCAAUAUUAAAACCAGUUUCACUUUUUUUGGUUCAUUCAAAGCUAACUGUAAAUUGUAAGCUACUGCAUUCUAGUAAUUUUAGAUAAUGCACAUUAUACAUUGUAAUUUAAAUGGCAGAGGUUACUUUACAUGUAACUGGCUUGAUAAAGUAUCUGAAUAUUCAAUAUUGAAUAAAUGCUGCAAAUUAUUUAUGUUGAAAAUUUUGUCCUUAAACUUUUUUUUGCCUGGAUUAAUAUGUAUUGUAUUCUGCUGAAUAAGAUGUACAGUUUCAAUGCAGUUUAGCCACGUUUUAGUAUUUCUGAAAUCAUAUACACUUGUGGCAAAAAAACUUUGUUCAUGUUUUAGUAGCUUAACUUUUAGUCAGUUUCUGAAAUACACUGUAUUAGUAUAUCAGUUUUGAGGAGAUCUGACCAUUUUUUACUGAAUUGCUUGUUUCCUUGUGUAGUAUUUCAAGUUAGCAGUGAAAAUAUUCCUUUGUAUACCAUGUGAAAUGAGAUUAAACUAAUAAUUUAGAUAACAUACAAACUAACAUUUAUUUUAUGUACUUGACUGCACCAUAGAAUGUGGCAGUGCAACACAUGAUGAUUUUAUGUCCAAAAGAACAGUUUACUAUUUUUUGAAAGAGUUGGUUUCAUAAAUGUCAUUGUCGUUACAGAAUUGGGGCAUAUAACUUUGAUUAAUAUCUCCACACAGCAUAAUAGAAAAGCUGCACAAAAGAUGUUAGGUUAAAAAAAAUCACUUUAAACUAUAGAGUAGUUGCUAGAUCUUAUUCACUGAACUAGUAAGGGCACUUAUCUCAAUUGCUGGUUAUUUAAAUAUUUUGAUUUUUAUAAAUGUUUUUUUUGGCUGGUAUUUGUCAACUCAAUAAAGGUAAACUGAAUAUA